UCCCGCUGUCGGCUCCCUUCCACACAAUCUUGCCUCGCUUUCGCCACGCUGCGGCCUAACGCCAGUCAACAGUCCACGUUAUCACAGUGCGGCUACGUAAACACUUCUAUUGUGCAUCAAUUAUUGAGAAAACCAACAAUAUUUACCUGCUCCAAACCAUUUAGACGAGUUACAAUGAGCAAAUUAAGAUCCGGUGUGAAAUAGAGACGGGACGAGGCAACGCUAUCGACGUUUUAUUUUGGAACGCUGAACUAAAGAUACGAAACUGUAUAAUUACUGUGUUACGUUUCCUGUGCGAUGUUGGGGGAGAAUUUUAGUUAAAAAGUUGACAUUAGACGUUUUCUGGGACUUAUUGCGAAUGUGUAUUGAAACGUUCAUCGCUAUCCACGGGCGCACUGCUAUGCGCCACGAUUUGGUUCAUUUUAUAAGACACACUUCUUCCGAUCACUACUGCGAAGGAAGAAUUUAGUCAACGAAGCAGAUCGCUAUUGAUGGCGUUACUCAGCAUCCAGGGCGAUUGGUACUUAUAUUUUUGGUUAAUAUACUGCAAAAUCUAUUCAGCCAUUAUAUGGUUGUUCAGCAAUCACUGCCGCGGCACUGAUAAGGUUCGCUCGGUGAUAACGAGUGGAGUUAGCGCACAGUCGCCUGGAGGCCUUCAUAGAGUGCGCACGCGUCGACGAAGAGCGCCGCAGCAGCACCGCGUCAAACACAUCGUUGCUUUAGCAAGAAGACCGUCUCUCAGAAGGAUCGUGAUGGCACCAGGAGCAAGCACCGCCCACACCAUGAUGGAGGACAAAGAGAAAGUACUGCACGGAGCCAUGGCAACUGCAUCGAUGCGGUCUCGCCGCAUCAGCCAGUUUGCGCCUCUGCUUAUCGCGCUGGUGGGACUACCAGCGCGCGGCAAGAGUCAGCUCGCGCAUAGACUAGCCAGGCAUCUCAACUGGAAUGGAGAGAGCACUAAAGUGUUCGACUGUAGCGAGUACCGGCGCCGGCACAUGGCACUGUAUGGCAGCCAUGAUAUUUUCCGAGCUGACAAUGCUCAGGGCUCUGCGAUCCGUCGCCAGAGCGCCCGGGAAGCUGUGCAAGAUGCCGUACUAUGGCUGAAAGAUGGCAACAGUGUCGCUAUAUUUGACGGCACAAACAUCACGCGGGAGCAACGCCGCGAGCUGAGCGAGUACUGCCUCUCCGACAUGGGCUUCAGAAUCCUCUUCAUAGAAUGCGUCUGCGAGGACCAGGAACUCCUCGAAAGAAACAUCAUUGAGAUCCUUCACUACUCCGCAGACUACAAGUCCAUGAGCGAAGUGGAAGCCGUCGAUGACUUGAGGAAGAAGUUGGAGCACUACAUGAGACAGUAUGAGCCUAUUGAUGCGGAGUUGGAGACCAUUAGCUUCGUCCGCAUUGAGAAUGUUGGGGAAACCGUGACGGCACAUAGGGUUGCUGGACAGAAGGAGUCUGGAAUACUGGGAUAUUUGUCCGGGAUGAGGGGCUUGCCUCAGACCUUGUAUUUCACUAGGCACGGUGAAAGCGAGUACAACGUGCUUGGUCGCAUCGGCGGGGACGCAUCUCUGUCACCUCGUGGUCUUCUCUACGCCCGUGCCCUGGCUGAGCACAUGAAUUCCCUUGCCUGCCGCGAUCACAUGACUGUGUGGACCUCCGAGAGAUGGCGCACCAAGCAGACCGCUGCUGACAUUAGGGCUCCAAAAAGAGUCGUCAGGGCAUUGAACGAGUUGGAUGCUGGCAUCUGCGAAGGUCUGACAUACGAAGAGAUGCAAGAGCGUUUCCCCCAAGAGUUCGCAUGGCGUGAUCAGGACAAGCUCCGCUACCGCUACCCUUGGGGCGAGUCCUACAUUGACAUCAUGACGCGUCUGCGACCAGCCCUGUCUGCUCUUGAAGAUGAACAUAACGUAGUUGUAGUCGGUCAUCAAGCAGUGCUGAGGUGCAUGCUCGGAUACUUCCUCGAUGCUAAACUUGAUGAGCUGCCGUACAUGAACGUUCCUCUCCACACGAUCGUGAAGCUGACGUCAUACGGCUACAAGUACAAGGUGGAGAUGAUCAAGCUGCCUGUCGACUGCGUGGAUACUCACCGACAGCAGCCCAAGAACUGCUCAAUAAACCGAACGUCUGCUGACGCUCUGGUGACGGUGCCGUCUCACUACGACACGUUGCCGUCGAACCUGUGGCAGAGCCCCACCGAGGCGCAGCUUUAGGCGCCGCGGCCGGGCAAGCGAGUCCCGCCGCCCACACUACCGUAGCAGCAUUACCUGGGCAACAGCCCCCGGACCCAAGGUCUAACGGUCCACGGACUUGAAAAACCAUGGACUAGGAGAGCACGCCACGCCAAGAUGUUUCGGGAGUCAUCCAGCGAUCUCUAUAAAGAAAGACUGGUGUGAGUGACCCUUCACCGAUGUUUGAAUUUGAAUUAAGAAUGUAUGCACGCCGUACAAUAGCCAAUUUUAUUUUACAGCAUAGAUUAAUUUUAUAAGUCUUAUUAUUUUUUAAGCCAGUGUUGCAAGACACGUUUAUAGAUCUGCUAAGCUCAAUUGAAUUCGUACAAAAUAAAUUAUUAUUGAGAAAAUGAUGAAGCACGCUGUGUGAAUCUUCCAACAUUUUACUAAUAAGACUGAACGAGUGGAAUUCUUCGAAAUCAAUUCAUCUUUACGUACAUAAUAGAUAAUAUUGUGUUCUUGUUUAAAAGUAGGUAUGAAAUAGGCCCCUAGUAUUGUUUAAAGUUAAUCCUAUGUUCAUAAACACUUAACGCUUGCAAUUACUUGAAUACAUAUCUAGCUUUAGUAAUUUCCUUAGAGGACAUCAUUGGAUACAGAGCGUUAAGUUAGUACCCAUCAGUAGUUUAUGAACAAAGGAGCUAGUGUAGAUGGCACUUAAAAAUAAUCAAGUUACGUAUUUUAGAUUCUAUUUAGAAAAAUACUUUCAUUAUUACUAUGGACAUUCAGUUAUCUCUAUAUUCCUUAUUCUAGCUGUAGUUACCAUUAAGCAUACUUAUAAAUGGAAUCACGACUACAUAAUUUAGUAGUUUAUUGUAAUUUCACUUAUCAUUGUGUGAGUCUGUAGCUACUGGUAAGCCGGGAUUUAUUUCGCAAUCUAACGUUUUAUGAAGUUUCGUGCUAUCUUGCUUACUUAAGUUAUAAUUUAACGGUGAAAGUUAGUAUUGUACCUACUUUUAGUUUAAUUUUAAACUCGAAAGUACUUAGAGGGAUAGAUUUGUUGUAAUAUCUUGUAAUGGUACGUAUUCUUAGAAUAAUUUUAGCAUUACGGCGGCGAGUCAAUUAAGCUGGAUUAAACCAGUUUAGAUUGUAUUCUCUAUAGUGAAAAUUAUGACACGGGACGUAUAGAAAAUCAAUUGUCUUUGCAUGUAUUUUUAUAAUAAAAUAAAUAUUAUUACUUAUAAUAAUUA